UACGACUAUUCUGGACAAUGGCAGCUGAGAAUCAAGUUAACCACAACUCAAUUGAGACUCUCAUUGGCUCAAACUAUAAGAAAUGGAAAGAGGACUUGGAAAUUGCUUUAGGUUUGCUCGACUAUGAAAUGGCUUUGGAAGAAGAUGCUCCUGUUGUACCUGCUGCAAAUGCAUCUGCAGAAGUUAAGAAUAAGUAUGCCAAAUGGAUCAAGGCAAAUAAAAUGGCUAUCCUAAUUAUGAAGAGGUCGAUUUCUCCAUCUGUUAAGGGGAGCAUAACAACAUCUGAAAACGCAAAAGAUUUUCUUAAGUCAAUUGGGGAGUUUUUCCAGGAAUCAAAGAAGGCUGAGAUAGGUACAUUGAUGGGGCAACUCACUGAUGUCAAGUACAAUGGAGAGGGCUGUGUUAGGACUCACAUACUCAAUAUGCUGGACAUUGGGAACAAACUGAAGGCACUCAAUGUCAAUGUAGACGAGACAAUGAUG